AUGCAUCCUCGGUCGCGCUAUCGGCACCUGCUGGACUAUGUCCUCGUCCAGAGGCGAGACCAGCAGGACGUGCUGGUGACAAAGGCGAUUCAGGGAGCCGACGGGUGGAUCGACCAUCGUCUCUUUAUCUCCAAAGUGCGGUUUCGUCAACAGCCUCCUGCAGCUGCGCGAGAUGCAGGACGUCUGAACGGCUCGCAAGGUCAAGGAGAUUCAAGGGGACGUGGACCGCAACGAAAGGAUGAACUUCUUCUCAGCGAACAAGGCUUUCUACGGUCCGCCAACCAAAGCACCUGCUCCUCUUCUUAGCGCCGACAGCAGUGCCCUUCUCACCGAGAAGACACAAAUUCUUCAGCGAUGGGCUGAGCACUUCCAAGGCGUCCUCAACAGUCCCUCCACCAUCUACGACGCCGCCACUGUCCGUCUGCCUCAAGUGGAGACCAAUGGCAACCUCGACCACCCGCUCUCUCUCCACGAAACGAUCAAGGCCGUGCAGCAGUUCUCCAGAGAUAAAGCAUCCGGAUCGGACGCGACUCCUGCUGAGAUCUACAGGUACGGUUGCGCCCAGCUCAUGGAUCAUCUGACGGCGCUCUCCCGGGAGAUGUUGCGUGAAGGAGAAGUUCCGCAGGGUUUCAAAGACGCCACAAUCGUGCAUCUAUACAAGCGGAAAGGUAACCGUCAGCUCUGUAACAACCAUUGAGGCAUCUGCUUGGUGAACAUCGCCGGUAAAGUCUUCGCUUGAAUCCUUCCCAGCCGCCUGAACCACCAUAUGGAAAAAGGUCUCCUGUCAGGAAGCCAGUUUGGCUUCCGCCGUCAUCGUGGAACCACCGACAUGAUCUUUGGUGCCGGCCAGCUGCAGAAGAAGUGUCAAGACGUGCGGAUCCGUCUCUACUCUGCUUUCGUGGAUUUGACAAAAGCCUUCGAUACUGUGAAUAAUGAAAAAUUGUGGGAAAUCAUGCAGAAAUUCGGCUGUCCCGAGCAAUUCUCUCAGAUGGUGCGUCAGCUCCACGACGACAUGAUUGCGCGCGUCACGGACAAUGGAACUGUCUCGGAGGCAUUAACAGUGACCAAAUUCGGCCUGAUCAUCAGCACGGAGAAGACGGUGGUCAUGCACCAACCACCACCCAACACAGCUCCCCACAACGCGCAGCAAAUCAGGGUGAACGGAACCCAAUUGCAAGUGUUGGACAACUUCACGUAUCUGGGCAGCACCCUCUCCAGCAGCACCAAAAUCGACGACGACGUGUCUCGCCGGAUUGCCAAGUCUAGUCAAGCCUUCGGUCGCCUUCAAAACACAGUUUGAAUUGUCACGGUCUUGAACUCGGCAAAAAUCCGAAGAUGUGCAAAGUCGUCAUCCUAUCGACGUUGCUGUAUGAAUCAGGGAUCCGGACAGUUUACAUGAAGCAGAAAUGUAGACUCAACCACUUAUUCCUCAGUUGUCUUCGUCGAACACCUAGGCUGAGGUGACAGGACCGGAUCCCAGACAUGAACGUACUGGGGCGGACGGGAAUCCUCAGCAUCUACGCUAUGCUGAGACAAGUACAACUCCGCUGGAGCGGCCACGUCGUACGGAUGGAUGACGAGAGACUACCCAAACGACCCUCUUAUGGAGAUGUCGCGACGUGUUCACGCCGACAAGGAGGUCAAGUCCGGCGCUACAAGCAUACUCUGAAAACCUCUCUGAACCUCCUGCAGAUCAACCCGGCGAACUGGGAAGGCCUCACCCGGGACCGCCCUACGUGGAGGAGAACAGUGAAGACAGGCGCAGCAAUCUCCGAAGCCAACCACAUCACCGCCGCCAAAGCCAACUCUGGGACAUGCAAAUCUCACCUGCCGCCACGCCUCACGACGCCAACACCCAAUCGCCUCUUACGCGUCCACGAUGUCAACGGACGUUUCGGGCGCCCAGUGGACUUGUUGGACAUCUCCGGAUCAACUGCAGCACCCAGACUGCACCAACCGUCCUCUCUCCGCCCACUUCUUCCUCGCCUCCCUUAGCGUCAACAAACGUUGUCCGCUCUCUCGAACCACCACCACUACCAUCAUCAUCAUCCUCCUCCUCCUCAACGUCUGCCACUGUGGAAUCUGCCAUGCCCAUCAACACUACACACAAUCCUGACACACCAGCAAACACCAACAUCGUCACUGUUAACACUAGUGAUGAGGACCUGGUUUAUACCUAUCCUCAUUGCGAUCGCAUCUUCACCUCACACAUCGGCCUGAUCGGUCACUUGCGAAUCCGUCGCACAGCGACUGGCGGACCAGUGGCUAGAGCACCAACACACUCGCCGCAUCUGCCUUCACUGUCCACACUGCCCUCGCACAUGCAUGCACAGUAUGGGCCUAUUCGGCCACAUGUGUAUCCACGAGAGCGGAAUGGACGGCAGCCCCGACACACCUAG